CUAACCAUUUGAUGAGUAAUCAUCGCCAAUUUCCUAAACCAUUUGACAAAAUGGAAUCAAAUGCCCUUCUUCUUUGUAGCAUCAAAAUGGCAGUCAUUUUCAGGAAAAACAAAAGUUAAAGAAAAGGAAGUAAAGAGGAAUAUUGCAAGAUGGUUUUGAUUUGGUGGGGGAAAAACUAGAAAAUAGCAUUUGUUAGGACAUAAAUAUAAUAUACUUCUAGAAGCACAUGUUGGCAAAUGACGACGAUUUUUCAAGGACGGUAGGUUUGAUACCCUAAUUUUUGCCCGCUGGCUUUUUUGUCAGAAUGCAUACGGCAUCUUCUUACCCAUCCGAACUACUAAUCAAACACUUCAUAAAUUUCCAAAACUGCCUUCAUAUUUUAAUACACAAAUAAAAAAUCAUCAGUACGUUUUCUUGGUCCAAGACACACACACACUCUCUCUCUCUCUCAAGAAGAAUAUAAAGAUAUUCAACUCUUGUCUCUCCAUCUCUCAAAAAAAAAAAAAAAAAGAACAAAUAUUAAAAAAUGUUUUAUAUAAACUAUUCUUCAACAUCUCUCGUCUUUUGAUCCAUUCCCAUGUAAUGACAGAACGGAAUUUUCGCAAUGAGAUAUUCCAUCCCUCCCCACUUCCUUAAAUGCUCAUUCAUGAUCUCUUUCAUCAAUCAGGGCUACACACACACACACUCUCUCUCUCUCUCUCUCCCUCUCUCGACUGUUUUUUUAGGGUUUUAUGUUUUUUCUCUCUCUAAAUCAUGGAAGACAUAGAUGAGGAGGAGGAGCUUCUGAAUCUUAGCCUUGCAAUUGUUACAAGUUCAGGGAGGGAGAGAUUUAAGAAGAGGAAGAGAUCAAGAGAUGAUGGUAUUGCUAAUAGUAUUUUGGUGAGCCCUCUAAACUCUUAUGAAGGUUGUGAAGGGAAGAUAUUUAGGCUUCUUCAAAUGAGGGAACAAAUGCUAAAAAAACUAGACCUUCACAAGAAGAAAGGGGUUGCUUUUGAUGAUGAAGAUGGAAAGGGCCUCCACCUGAUCCACAUGUUGCUCAUAACAGCCACCGCAGUUAACGAAAACAAUGUCGGCUCAGCCUUGGAGCAUCUCACUGAGUUGUACAAAAUUGUUUCCUUAUGCGGUGACUCUGUCCAACGAGUAGUGGCUUAUUUUGCAGACGGCUUGGCUGCAAGGCUUCUCACUCGAAAAUCGCCGUUUUAUGACAUGAUCAUGAAGGAACCGACGAGUGAAGAAGAGUUUGUAGCGUUCACCGCUCUCUACCGGGUGUCUCCGUACUACCAGUUUGCUCAUUUCACGGCAAACCAAGCAAUCAUUGAGGCAUUUGAGAAGGAACAAGAGAAGAACAAUCGGGCAUUACAUGUUAUUGAUUUUGAUGUCUCCUAUGGAUUUCAGUGGCCUUCUCUUAUACAGUCUCUGUCCGAGAAGGCAAGCAGUAGCAAUCGUAUAUCGCUCAGAAUAACGGGGUUCGGAAGAAGCGUGGAUGAGCUACGUGAAACGGAGAACAGACUGACAAGCUUCUCAAAGGGGUUUCGGAAUCUUGUUUUUGAAUUUCAAGGGUUGUUGAGAAGCUCAAAGCUCAUAAACUUGAGGAAGAAGAGAAACGAAACAAUUGCAGUGAAUUUGGUUUUUCAUUUGAAUACUUUGAGCAAUAAUUUGAAGAUAUCUGACUUGUUAAAUUCUGUACAUUUACUUGACCCUUCCAUUGUAAUCUUGGUUGAACAAGAAGGGAGCAAAAGUCCUCGAAGUUUCUUAUCGAGAUUCAUGGAGACUUUGCAUUAUUUUGCAGCCAUGUUUGAUUCUUUAGAUGAUUGUCUGCCAUUAGAGAGUGCUGAAAGGUUGAGCAUUGAGAAGAACCACCUUGGAAAAGAGAUCAAAAGCAUGCUCAAUUACGACAAUAACAACGAAGAGAAUUGUCCAAAAACUGAAAAGAUGGAAACAUGGAAGGCGAAGAUGGAGAGUCAUGGUUUUGAAGGAAUAAAUCUAAGCUCUAAGUCCAAGAUACAAGCAAGACUUCUUUUAAAAAUUAGGACUCACUAUUCUCCACUUGAGUUUGAUGGGAGUAGUGGAGCUGCAGCUGGGUUCAAGGUUUUCGAAAGAGACGACGGAAGGACAGUAUCUCUUGGGUGGCAAGACAGGUAUCUGCUUACAAUUUCUGCAUGGCACUGCACUGUAUCAUAAAUAUAUAUAUUUAUCUUCUAACACAUUCAUUAUUUUUGUAAUCUCUUCUUCUUCAGAUACAAUAACUUUGAAUUUAAGCAAUUAUUGUUUGCUGAUUAUCAUAUAUAUCAGAUUGACUCUUUACACUAA